GGCUAUUAAAUUGAAUUUUAUUUGAAUUUAUUUGGAUUAUUUGAGUUUGAAUAUUACGGUCGGUAACCUUAGAGGUUGAAUUUUGACUCCAAAGGUUCAAUUCUGAAAGAGAAUCGCAGGGGAUGAAAAGAUACAUUCUGGACCCAUAUAUUCUUUAUGCAUUUGAAUGUACCUCUCCACUUUCUAAGAGGCAGUUUAAGAAAGAUUCCGAUCGGGGCCUAAGUGAAAAGAUGCGAACUGGUAGUUACACAUUGAAGGCUCCAGGAGCUAAACAAAUAAAAUAGCCGUGGCCUUGAUUACAUAAUGCAUCCUGAUUAUCUAAUAGGGAUUCACACAGUUAAAUGCUUUCAUGCAUAUGUAUUAAUCCAUUAAUUCUGUAUUUAGCGGGUUUGAUUCAGACGCGUUAAUGAAAUUCUGUUAUACGCGUCUCUUUUGAUACUUACAUGUAUUUCAAUACUACUUGGUGAAAUAGUACAUAGUAUUGACUUCAAGUUCAAUAUUGUUCAUUUAUAUAUAAGACCAUCGUUACUUUGAAGUACUCCGUUUUCAACCAGAAAAAAAUGUCUCAUCCCGUUUUCACUGUUGACUCUCAAGAAUCCAUUAAGAACAAAGCCCAAGUUCACCUAUUACCAUGUCGCAUACAUCACGAUGGCAACGUCGAUCCAACCGACGCAUAUUGGAGUCCCAAUGAGGGUCAAGGUGACACAAAAGUGGCAUAUCUCAGAGGAAGGAAACUUCACGGUAAAGCUGUGAAGUUGCCAGAAGGAUACUAUGGCUCCGUGGUUGAGAAAUCAACGCCAAAGAAAGCCGAGAAACCAAGAGAGGAGAUGAUUGAAGAUUUGGAGAUAGUAGAUGAGCCGGAUGAUCAACCAGAAAUAGGAGCGAUGCAAGGACAAGCAACGUUCGAAGAAGUUAUGAUCUGGGGCCACGAGUCUCUACCGGAUUCUAGUGAAGAUCCGUACUUAAGGGGCAUGGAGGAAUGGAUAUCUUUUGCAGAGCAGAUACACUCAUAUCCUUCAGUGAAGCCUCAAGAAAAAUAAACAUUGUCAGCUCAUCCAAGGUUGUGAAGGGGUGAAUUGUCAUUGGCCUCAUGGGAAUAGGGGUGCUGAUUGCUAUAUGUUAGGUACCUACAUAGAGAGCUACAUAGGUACAGUAGGUGGCCCUGAAGGACCGAGACAUCUCACUGUGAAACUAAAAUGCCGGUCUACUGCUAGCGCUUAUUACUUUUUACUUUUAAAUACAUAAGUUACAUACA